ACAUGAGAAGUGAUCUGGAAGAAGUCUGGGAGCCAGACCAAAUGCUGCGGUUCCUUGAACAAGUGGUGGCGCCCUGUGAUGCUAAAAAGGUAUUCAAACAGUCUUUCUGAUUAUGGGACAACUCUGAAAUUCAACAGUAGCAAUGUCAUAUCUUCAUGAUAUUUGCCUUGAUGAGAUUGCUCUUGAAGGACUAGAUGGAAUCACGCUGGCCUGCUUAUGGUGUCGCUUAGACCAGCGUCUUCCCAAAUUCCCCUUGGCUCUCGACCCAAAAAGCAAGCAGUUUCUCUGGAAAGGCAUCAUUGCAAGCCAAGAUGUAGCAUUUUACCAUCUCCCAAUACCAAGGGAUCUACCUGCAUUCCCUCAUGAGUUUAGGACAAUAGAUGAGACCACAGGGAUUGUCUCUCUUCAGGACAAGGUCUCCAGAAAUGAAUACCCAGCAUGUAUCAUCAAUAACUCAGAGACUGAUGGGAUACAAGGGUCAUGCGCCACUUUUAAUGAGAGAGUUGACAUCAGUGAAGAGGUUAGAGGUCAUGACAGAGGGAAUGUGAUGACCUUGGAGGAGGUGCAAGAAAGAUGGGGAGAUUCCCUUGUUGUGGUAGGCAGUCAAGAGCUACGAUUUGCUGCCUUGGUGGGACCUAAUGGUGACCAAUCAGUAGAGCUGAGUGACACAAAGUAUUGCUUCUUGGAGUACAUCGGCAGACAACGCCAUCAUAGUGUUGAUCAACUAGACUUUGCUCGAUUAUUCAAUCUGACUGCUGCAUCUAUACAUGGCUAUCGGAAAGAGUUAAUCAAGAGGCAAUUCGUUGACAAGAGAAUUGUCUUGUGUGAUAUUUCCAAGAAAGCUAAGAACUCCAUCUUUCUGACACUUCAGCGAUUUAGUCACCUGGCCAGCCGCAGUAACAUGAGUCUCCCUCACCUUAUUGGCAACAGCAUCACACAAUUCCUGGAUGAGCAACCCGAGAAGACAGCUGGCUUUGAGCUGAUCGAAGAGAGACUUGCCAAGAAACUGCCAUAUUUGGUGUCAAAAAAAUCCUGGAUGGGGGCCUUGAAGAAGACAUACCGGCUGCUGCGUGACAUGAAGAUUAUCCAAGUAGUCCAUGAUAACAAUACUGAGAUGGAGUCUUUGAAACUCUUGAAGAAGUUGAAUGAUGAGGAAGAUGAUGUUGCUGAGGAUGAGUCUAGCAGUAACUAUGAUCCAACGACUUGUUGUUUAGUGGCAGAGCUGCCUCUCGGGGUCCAAGUCUACAAUUUGAUUGACAGAAUGCAACACCGACCACAGGGUGUUAGCUGUGAUGACUUGACCAAAUUUCUUCACUUAGAUAGUCGCUUCCUCCAACGCCUGUUAGACAGGAGCCUCUUGAAGUCAAACCUGAUUACAUACAAGCUGUGCGAUGAGGGAAGACAGCUAAUACGAAAAUUCCAAACUGUAAACCAAGUUGUAGAAUCAACUCCAAAGAAAGAAGCACACACUGACACUCAGAUUGUAGCAUCAACAUCAGACACCACAGCAUCCUUAAGCAAGCAGACUUCUGAGAGAUAUAUGAAGAGGCGACAGAAGAUUCUAGAGAUGAUACGUAAAAACAGGGCUCAAGAGGGCUGUUUUGGUAUGCUGAGGGAGAUUCGAAAGGAAGAGAAACAAGAGGGGCGAACCACGAAGUGUGAUAGACGAUCAGUCUUAAGGAUUGUUGAACGGCUAGAAAAGGAGGGAUUAUGCCAGACCUUUUCAACAGUUGUCAUGUCAGCUGAUGGGCCUAUGUCUAGAUCGGUCAAUUUUGUCCUUGAUGCCAAUGUAGAGCAGAACGACCCCAAAGUACUUCACAUUACUCAGCAGAUCAAGUUCCGCAUGGCUAAUUCCAAGGCUCAUUGUCCUGAACCUCAUCAAUUGAAGAACAAGAGAAGGAAAAAAAGACGGAUCGGUGGAUCAAACAAAGUUAAACAAGGCAAGCCUAAGAAGAAAAAGCAGAGAGUGACGUUUGCCAAUAAACGAAUCACCGCAUACAAGACCUUGGCACAGCCCAGUGAUGGAGAGACAAAGCAGGUACCACGAUUACGCAACCCAGCUCAGAGUUCCUCAACAGAGAGAAAGAAAAACAGAGAAAAUGACAAGGAUGAUGAGGACAUGGACGUAUCAGAGAGACAGCACACAAAGAAUAGGACUGUUUAUGGCCUCUUGCAAAAAAUGGAGAAGAUAAGGGUUCUACACAGAUUCAUGUGGUAUGUCCUGUAUGGAAUGCCAAGGCAUCAGUCACGAGAGGCCCUUCAGCCAGUGCAAGCAGUUUCAGGAGAUCAAAUUCCGAUUAUCAAACAAGAAUUUGAUGAAAACCAGCAAAAUGAAGCCACUCAGCAACUCGAUAGAACUUUACAUGAAUCAUAUACGGCUACCCAGUCACAGUGUCUUGGCAUAUCCACAAACCAGUCAGGUUUGACUUUACCAGUUGCUAGCCAAUCAGAUGAACUAUCUCAAUCCUUCAACAGUGUAAACAAUCAGACGGAUGUCCUGAUUGGUAGACUGGAUCAUGGUGGUCAGUCGGCCUGUCAAUCACAGAUGUCUGUACAUGCUAUUGACCAAUCAGAGAAGAUGUUUGGUGCUAGCCAUGGAAACUCAAAUCCAUUAGAACCUGUGAUUGGUGAAAAAAAUAGAAGUGUAGAAGCAGAAGAAACUACUGAGCAUAUGAUAGCAGACAGAAGACAAGACACUUCAACCAUUUCAGAAAUGAACAUCCAAACACAUAUUCCUGAGACAGCAAACGUGCAAUCUGCCACGGAUUUACUGGAAUUAAUUGAAUCUGGAAGUCUGCUUGACCAAUACACAACAUCCUCAGCAACCAGACCAGGGUCCAUCUCUGCAUCAAGUGUCAGUAAUAUCAACCAUGACCACUCUCCAAGCACAUCGGGUCAAGACACCCAGACCCUCAUUCCAACCAAUGCUAAGGUGUACCUGGAUGUGAUGGAUUGGCGACGCUUUGUCCAGCCGUUACCUGAGCAUCAGGAUAUUCCUAAAGGCUGGUGCUUUCUAGGGGAUCUACUCAUGUCUAUGCCUCUUGUGACAUUCUGUGAAAUGGUGUCACAAAAAUAUAUGAUUGAGGGUUUAGAGGUCUAUUUAAAGGACCCUCUAUUGAGAUUGCUUCUUGUGAAAGACCUGCCUGGCAACAUCACAAAGAAAUUGCUGGGAGAGAGACGUUAUCUCUAUCGUCUACAGAGUGUUGCAGAUCACAUGUGCGCAUUAGGGCUGGGUGUUUUCUGUGCACGACAGAAUGUGGACAAAGAGAUGAUAAGCAUCUACAUCUGUCGCAAUGUGACUUUGGUAGAUACCACUUCAAGUGAGCGUGGCUCAUACUUUGUUUCAGACAAAUCUUACCCAAGCCAAACGCAUUAUCUGGGAACACUGGAUGAUGUAGAGAAGUUCUGGUUUGAUAUGAAAAUGAUCUGUAUAGAUACCCCUCUAGGUUGUGCUGCUAACACCAAGCUGAAGACUGUCACUGACCUAGCUCGGAAAGUAGACAGUUACUUGGACUUAGUAGAUGAUGGAAGAAUUCCAGGAGAUGGUAUGGGGGCAGGAGGGUUCGAUUCCAAACUAUUGUGCCAUUUGAAGCGAAACUGGACAGUUGACACAAUCAAUGCCGAUUACAUGACCAAACAGAGAUACCAGAAUCGAUUUGAAAGGACCACUAACAAAGCAACAGAGAGAUUACGUAAUCCUCUGAAGCCUAAGACAGUCUUGCUGACCUCAAGAACAGGUGCAAAAGAAAAUGUGGUUGUGAAGACCAGAUCGGUGGAUGUUGAUGAGCACAAGGCGGAGACAGUUGGUGGAAAAGGACAGAAGCGUAAGAGAUCGUCUGCACCAAAGGUGGAAUCGGAAGCAAAGAUUGCUCGUAAGAAACGUAGGGAAGAGAAGAAGAAAGUCAAAGAGGAGAAAAAACUACAACAGAAGCAAAAACGAGCUGUGGGCAUCAUCACACGCAAGGUGUUCACUUGGAGUCCAGCGGAGGAUAGUCUGCUACUCCUGUGUAAAGUUGCCUCAGCACUUCUCAACAGAGACAAGGCCAUUACCAGCUUCAUCUCCUGGGAGACGGUGCAACAGGUGUUUUCCAAGAAAGUUCCUAAUGCUAUUAAUCUGGAAAUGAAGGAUGCAGGAGUGCUCGCUAAACGAUCUACUCGUCUCAUGCACCACCCAGAGUUCCGCAUGAACUUCCGUGUGUGCCUAGGGGAGGUCAAAGAAGACAAGGCCUUUUUGGAUAGUAUCAAACCACGACCAGACAGGUGUUUUCAAACUGUUGCUGAGGAAUAUGAAGAGCUCCUUGACCGACUCCAGGCAAAAUUCACGUUUGUGGAUGGGUUCAACAACAUUCUACCUGAUGACAUCCCCAGUCUCCAUAGCAACUAUUCUGUAGUGCCCAUGGCUCAAAUGGAUUCCACCAACAAGGUGUUCUUCAAAGAUGAGAAUGCCACUGACUUGAGGAGACUUACGUUGCAUACCAUAUUAAUGAUCACACUGAAUACCCAGUCUUGUAGUGACUACAAUGCAAGAUUGGUCUUUAAUCUGUUUAAUCAAUAUGAUGAGAGCUUGCUACAUGAUGUCUUUCUCUUCUGUAGAACACAGGGCGUUGUCAGUCGUAACAAAGCAGCCAAGCGAAGGUUUGCUGGUUGCCUGCCUGUGAAGCAUCAUCUAUCCCCUACAUACUUCAAGCUCUUCAAGAAGAGUAUGCCACAGGAACUACCAAGUGAAGCCACUAACUGCUAUCGGAAGUUACAGAAAUCAGCUCCCAAAGAAGAUGUAUCUUUCCCCAAUGUCACCUGCGGAGCCUGUGCAUGUCAGAUAUUCCUGAUAUCAACAGACCAGGUUAAUUGCAAAAUCAUCAUACCCAAGAAAGUAAUUGUCUUGGACAGUACUCUGAUUGACCAGACCUUUCUACAAAAGAGUGGACUGCUGAAGAAAGAUGGAGACUCCUCAGACUCUGACAGUGACUCUGAAGAUGACACAGACGAUGAGGAGGAUGAAGAAGAGGAACAAGAUGGAGACGAGAGGACAGACAUUCAGGUGGAUGUGAAAAGGGUUGUUGAUCGUACUUCCCAGGGAAUAGGAGUGAGAGACAGUGGACAGAGUGUUGUAGGAGUCAGAUUUGAAGAUGAAGAUGAUAAAGACAAGACUUCUAUAAUGGCUGAACCAAUGGGAGAUCAGUCGCUUGUGGUUAAUCUUGGAAAUUCUGCAAUCAGCAACACAGAUGAUGAAAAUGUCAUGGAUAAACUGAAUGAACUUGCUGAGGGUGUAUCGAGCACAAAUGUGGAUCAACAGCCAUCUGAUACGACAGAAAGCCAGAUGCCUUCAUUCCAGCAAUCUGUCAGAGACAUGGACCACUGCUACUUUCAGACCAUUAACCAACCUGCCGUGAGUUGCUCAGGAGAUCGGGAAGUUUGUCGUGAGGAUACUUUACCACCCUGUGAAAGCACUUUGAGUGGAGCUGGGGAUGCUUCAAGUAUUGCCAGCCAAGAAGCAAAGAGUUCUGAUUUACAACCAACUGCACAAGCUGCUAUCAUUCAAAAGAAAACCGUCAGUACAUCCUUUAGUCAUCAGGAGGUUGCAAGUCUGGAUAAGGUUAACCUCAAACCUCAGCUACGUAAUGCUACAAUGAAGUGCCUCACAGCCUCACAGAGUUCUUUCACCAAGUGGAUGAUUGUUCAAGGCCUGUAUGCUCCAGGGGUCUGUGGACGGAGAAUCUCUGCACUCCAGGACAACAUCGCUUUAAAUGCCUUCAACAUAAAGCUUCACAUGAAAGAAACAAACCCUGUAUGUCGUGGUGAAGCUCAUCAAGAAUUCCGCCCCUGUGCAAGUCUCCUAGAGUACCUGCUCAGACCUUGUGAAAAAAUUGUGCAAAUGGAGCCUUUCUGUAAGUCAUCAGAUUUCUCUCAAGAAGCUUCCUACCUUGACGAGUUGUGCAAAGGCAAGGUUAUCAAACAGGAAAUGGCCAGUUCUCAAGAACUUACAAAGAGAUUCAUUGAGAACGGCCUGGAUAUGACUUCAACAUCUGUCGUCAUCCAAAUUUAUGAAAAGAUCACAGAAGCUGGGUUCCAUGGAAUGGUCGUGGAGGAAGUGAAAAGGAUUGUGGGAAGGAUAACAGCGGGAAGCACUGUCGAAAUACCUUUGGAGAAAUGCAUCACUAUGUUACUCGAACAGCAUAUGAUAGUGGAAGUGGGUGCCAAUGAUCUCCGCUUAGUUGCUACAAAACAUGCUUCGCUGUGGAUGGUCCAUUCACAGAAACUUGUCAACCGUAUCCAAUGUGCUGAUUCCAGCUCUCACACAAAGAGACCAUGUCUUGACAAACCUUCAGAUAUUGGUACAGAUGCACCUUCAAGUAGUAGCAUGGUAGAAAAGGAGAUAAGGAAUAUUGAGACUGUUGAUUUAACUGAGGAUCCAUUUGAGAAUAUCUCAAAGUCUGGACCAGGUCAAAGGUUAAGUCCUGUGUCUGGGUCAAGUCAAGCAGCUGAAGUCAUUCCACAGGAUGACAACUGCGGUCAAGGGUCACAGGUCAAAGGUGAUCAGGAGGUCACAAUUAUACAGUCCCCUGAAAAUGUAACUGAAGAGAUUGAAGAGGUUGUAGAGGACGGCAUAGCAGCAGUAAAGCAAGGAUCAGAUGGUACUCAGGUAGCAACUUCAGCAGGUGGACACCCAUCAACUGAUUCUGAUCCUAGUAGAGCAACCAAGAGGAAGUUUGCCAAGGUCUUUGAGGGCAUCUAUGAGCCUGUUGAGUUUGUCCCGUACCCGUGGCUGAAGAUGGAUGGUGAGGUAAAUCAGCCAGAGCUAGUUCGAAUAAUUAAAGGUAUCGUCCUCCAAAUCUUGUCGGAGCCAGGCAUCAAGGAAUUGGAGAUAGUCUACCGAUUCAAGGAUGUUUUCAGGAAGGUUCACAUGCUCAAGCUCCUUCAGAUAAUGUCAGAUCUGGGCCUAAUCACUAGGCACUGUGUAACCCUUCCCAAGCCAAAGCUAUUUGGUACUGCUGAGACAAGGCCCCAGCCCAAAGUCUACUUCUACCAACCCACCAUCAACUGUUUGGUGAAAAUGGGAGCCUUGUUUGGUGAUCAAGAAUAAAAAAGAACUGAAGAUAACAAGGGACAUUGAGAUUUACAAAAUACAUGCAUAACAGUGAGCCAUUGCAAUAUUCCAGCAGCACAUUCCCAAAAAUAAGCGUGUCCAAGGUCAUUUGGCAACAGCAAUAUGUAUACACAAGGUCUGUCCUAUGAGCGCUGUCAUGGAUUGACACACACCCGUGCUUUGUCCUUGAAGGCCAUUGACCUUUGAAAUACAUGUAUCAAACUGGCUCAUUGUAGGUUAAGGGUUUAGAAGCCAACAUCAAGGCAUUUAAUGUUAACUGCUGUGAUUUAAAAUGUCACAUCCUUCCAAGAGAUUGAUUUGCACCCUUUCACCUGAAAGAGAUUAUGUAAUUAACAAUGAAAGUGGGACCUCUUGUUUUUUAGAACUUAAUAUGAUGUACUUUAUUUUGAUGUUAUCAAGAAAUGUGUCUUGUGGAACUGUCUCCUAAAUGCGACUGUUCCUGUCCUUUUUGGAAUACUUGAUUUGGAUUAUAGCGCCUUUCCAGUGAGAAGCAUUAUUGUGAGUAUGCAGGUGCCUGGCAGAUCAAUGGUCUAACAUUAAAACACUUGAAGUUUUCAGGGCUGUUGUCAGUGGGAAAUGUGUACAUUUUAAAGAGCAUUGAUGUUCCUAACAAGUGUUUUCCAAGUAUAACUGUUCCAGGCUUUUUGAAUUAAAACUGCUUAAUGAUCUUAUUUGACUUCAUAAAUUCUGUCUCUUGCAUCUGGAAUUUAAAUUACUAUGAGCAUUAAAUAAAUCAAGGUAAUUUUUGGAAAGUAUUUUACUUAUUGACUUGCAAAGAUUUCCGUCUAACAAGUGGAUUUAUUCAUUUCUCCUUUUCAGUAAGGGUAAAUGUUUCAGUUUGCCUAUGAAUAAACUGGUUUAGAACAUUAAAAUAUCCCAUCCCAGUGAUAAUAUUGCAUCAAAAAUAUAUUAGGAAUAAACUUCAUUUGUAUAUUUGUGUACAGUAAAGAAA